UUUUGAUUUGUUCUAGACCGAAGAAGGUUGCGUUUUUUUCCUGUACGGAGUAUUUACAGACACCCAAGGAGAAUCACCGCCCGUCUAUUGUAGAGAUUGAGAAUUCGCAGUCACGUGACUACCGCGCCAUCUUGGUCAGGGCCACGAGGGUUUACACCAAACUUCUGAUAAACAUUUGCAUUUUUUUACCUUGAUUUUCAAUCAAAAUGCCCUCAAGUAACCCUUUGCCACCUAAAGAAAACGCCCUUUUUAAGCGAAUUUUGAAAUGCUACGAACACAAGCAGUACAAAAAUGGGCUGAAAUUUGCAAAGCAAAUUCUAACCAACCCAAAGUAUAUGGAACAUGGAGAAACUUUGGCUAUGAAAGGGCUGACUUUGAAUUGCUUGGGCCGUAAAGAGGAAGCUUAUGAAUAUGUAAAACGAGGUCUUCGCAAUGACCUCCGUUCACAUGUUUGCUGGCAUGUUUAUGGAUUGCUUCAGAGGUCUGACAAAAAGUAUGAUGAGGGAAUCAAAUGCUAUCGGAAUGCUCUCAAGUGGGAAAAGGAUAACAUCCAAAUCCUUAGAGAUCUGUCCCUUUUACAAAUUCAUUUGCGUGACCUUGAAGGCUACAGAGAUACAAGAUACCAGCUAUUUCGUUUGCGACCCACUCAAAGGGCCUCAUGGAUUGGGUUUGCUAUGUCAUACCACUUACUUGGAGACUAUGAGGGUGCUUUGAAAAUUCUUGAAGAUUUUCGCAAAACUCAGUCAGAAAUUCCUAGCUCUUUUGACUAUGAACAUUCAGAACUUCUUCUCUAUCAGAACAUGGUUAUUCAAGAGUCUGGUGCCUUGAAAGAAGCUGUAGCACAUUUGGAGCAGUACCAAGAUCAGAUUCUAGACAAGCUUAGCAUUCUAGAAACUUUGGGCACUUUGUAUCUGGAUCUUCAACGUUUUGACCGAGCUGAAUCAGUUUAUUCUGAGUUAAUUAAGCGUAACCCAGAAAAUACUAUGUAUUUCAGCAAGUAUCUUCAAGCUAAACAGCUGACUGAUGUUGAUGAGAUUGUUGACAUUUUUGAAAUGUUUCAAAGACAAUUUCCAAGAGCUCAUGCUUCUAAACGUCUCUCCCUGAAUUAUGCAGUUGAGGGUAGGUUCAGGAAAUUAGUUGAUACCUACUUGAGACAUGGACUGCACAAAGGAGUACCUCCUCUAUUUGUUGAUUUGCGAUCACUGUACAAAGUGCAAGCAAAGGCUGACACUAUUCAGGACCUUGUUUUGUCAUAUGUUGAUCAAUUGAAGAAGACAGGCCACUUUUCUCAAGCUGAUGCUGAUGCAGGUCUCCCAAAAGAGCCAGCAUGUGCUCUCCUUUGGACGUAUUAUUUCCUAGCACAGCACUUUGAUUUCUUGGAAGACACAGACAAAGCCCUCUUCUAUAUUGAUGCUGCAAUUGACCACACCCCAACACUCAUAGAGCUGUUUGUGUGCAAAGGUAGAAUAUUUAAGCAUGGUGGCGAUGUGAUGAAAGCCUUUAAAUACCUAGAUGAAGCUCAGGGGUUAGAUACAGCUGACCGAUAUAUCAACUCUAAAUGUGCAAAGUACAUGCUUCGAGCCAAUCUCAUUGAUGAAGCUGAGGAAACAUGUGAAAAGUUCACCCGAGAGGGAGUUACAGCAAUGGAAAAUCUUAAUGAAAUGCAAUGCAUGUGGUUCCAAACUGAGUGUGCCCUUGCAUACCAAAGACUGCAGAGAUGGGGUGAUUCUUUAAAGAAGUGCCAUGAAAUUGACAGGCACUUUUCGGAAAUCAUCGAUGACCAAUUUGAUUUCCACACAUACUGCAUGCGGAAGAUGACACUCCGCUCUUAUAUGGGCCUGCUUCGAUUAGAAGAUGUUCUUCGCUCUCAUCCUUUCUAUUUCAAAGCUGCUCGUUGUGCCAUUGAGGUUUAUCUCCAUCUCUUUGAAAAUCCCUUGAAGGACGUCACUGCAGAACAGGAGCUGAACACAG